AUGAACAACUUAAUACGAGUAAUACCUUUAGCUCAAGGUCUAAGAAGAGCAAAUCACCAAAGUGCGGCAAGAUGCCUUUCGACGUAUCUUGCCAACUCAGCAUCCCAUAGGUUACACCGAGCACGAUUACAAACAGCACCAACGGCAAAUCCAAUUUUGAAACAAUAUCGAUCCGUGUCCAACUCAACGAUAUCGUUGUUACAGUCACAAGAACAGAUGGCAAACAGUGAUUUAAAUAAUGCUAAUGCUCAAUAUGAGUUUUACAAGUCACUUUUAGCUAAUAAUUACCCACACAUUGUCGUUCAAAGAUAUGAAACACCGGGAAUCGCAGCGUCACCCGAGUGUACUCAGUUGUAUAUAGAAGCAUUGAACAAGACAGGAAAAAAGGCAAGAGCAGACCAAGUGGUAAAUGCCUUGCAUCAAAAUAAUUACCAAAGUUCGGGUAACGCUGCCCCUGUUAGUGGAUUACCCCAAGGGUUUGGUUCGAGGUAUGAGCCGGUGCAUGUUGUUGUUAGCGAGUCCUUAUUGACAAUUUUAUCCAAAUGGCUCAAGUGGUUAAUUCCAAUAGCGUUGAUCACUUACGGUGCAACAAACGCAUUUAACUAUUUGGUUGAGAAUGGUACUAUAUUUAAAAACGCCGAGGUGAAUGACAAAUCAGUUGAUGUUAGUCAAAGCACAGCUAGGUUUUCUGACGUGCAAGGCUGUGAUGAAGCUAGGGCAGAAUUGGAGGAAAUUGUCGACUUUUUAAAAGACCCAUCGAAAUUCACUGGCUUGGGUGGGAAAUUACCCAAGGGUGUUUUGUUGACUGGUCCUCCGGGAACUGGUAAAACCUUGUUAGCCAGAGCUACUGCUGGAGAGGCUGGAGUGCCAUUCUUUUUCAUGUCUGGUUCCGAAUUUGACGAGUUGUAUGUUGGUGUGGGUGCCAAGAGGAUUCGAGAGUUAUUUGGCCAGGCUAAGGAAAAAUCGCCCGCGAUUAUAUUCAUUGAUGAGUUGGAUGCUAUUGGAGGCAAAAGAAAUCCAAAAGAUCAAGCAUAUGCCAAGCAAACUUUGAAUCAAUUAUUGGUUGAAUUGGAUGGUUUUAGUCAAACUGAGGGAAUUAUUAUUAUUGGUGCAACCAAUUUCCCUGAAUCGUUGGACAAAGCGUUGACUAGACCAGGAAGAUUUGAUAAGGAGGUUAUUGUUGACUUGCCAGAUGUUAGAGGCCGUGUUGAUAUCUUGAAACAUCACAUGCAUAAUGUUGAAACCGCUGAUAACGUUGAUCCAUCAAUCAUUGCUAGAGGUACACCUGGACUUAGUGGUGCUGAUCUCAUGAAUUUGGUGAAUCAAGCCGCAGUUCAUGCAUCGCAAUUGUCAGCCCCGGCCGUCGAUAUGUCACAUUUCGAGUGGGCUAAAGAUAAGAUCUUGAUGGGUGCAGCUAAAAAGAAGAUGGUUAUUACAGAAGAGUCUAGAAUCAACACGGCAUACCAUGAAGCAGGACAUGCCAUCAUGGCUAUGUACUCAGCAGGUGCUACUCCCUUGUACAAAGCAACGAUAUUACCUAGAGGUAGGGCAUUGGGUAUUACAUUCCAAUUACCUGAGAUGGAUAAAGUUGACAUGAGUAAAAAAGAGUGCUUUGCCAGGUUGGAUGUUUGUAUGGGUGGAAAGAUUGCCGAAGAAAUGAUUAAUGGUAAGGAAAAUGUUACAUCUGGCUGCUCAUCCGAUUUGAGUAAUGCCACUGGCGUUGCAAGAGCUAUGGUGUUGUCGUACGGUAUGAGUGACAAGAUUGGUCCCGUGAAAUUGAGUGACGAUUGGGAAAGUUGGUCGCCACAAAUUAAGAAUCUCGCCGAUAAUGAAGUACGCGAAUAUCUCGUUGAAUCAGAAGCAAGAACUCGUCAAUUGUUGAGAGAUAAGAAAUUAGAGUUGCAGCGAUUGGCGGAAGGCUUAUUAGAGUAUGAAACAUUAACCAAGGAUGAAAUGGACAAGAUUGUUCGUGGUGAAGCCAUCAACAAGGAGAAAACUGUAAGUAACACUGUGAUCAAAACGCCAUCUUCAAGUCCAGAUAAGAUUGGAGAAGGGUUAAGUUUAAAGCUGAAAUGA